AGCGGGCCCGCCGCUCCACGGAGCCCGCCGCCCGCCGCUCCCCUGGGGGCGACCGCCCCCGCCGCGACGCCGCCUCAGGGCGGCCGCGCCACGACGCCGCCGACGCCAACGAAAGGCGGCGCCGUGUCGCCGUCGGCCGCUUCGGCGACCCCCACGGCAGUCACGCCUACGGGCGGCAAGGCCUGUACACCGGGGGGCAGCACGAGGAGCCACAGCCCGGUCCAUGUGGAGGUCAGCCGGGACCUCUCCGAGGCCACGCCGCAGGACCGGCACUCUCUGCGGCCGCCGGUCCGGCCCGCUCGCUGCGCUCUCGAGCGUCACAGGGGGGCCCCUGCCCUGAAGGCCUCCUGAAGGGGCGAGGCAGAGGAGG